AUGAUGGAUUCACCUGAACCUUCUAAGAACAAUGGCAGUUCUUCUGCUUCCACCGUCAACACUUCUUCAUCGGAAUCUCCUCCAGUUCAAGAAUCCCCCUUUAUUAGUUUUGUGAACACUUUAUCUCCAAUAAAGCCUGUCAAGGCUUGUCAUGGGGUACAAGGUUUUGUUGGACUCAAUUCUCCACCUCAUGUAUUCAAAUCACCACGUAUUAGUUGUCACCGUGAAACACAGUUCUUGGAAAGGCCUCAAGGCACUCGGUUACCCAGUGGAGAAAUAUCUCAAAGUGAUAAUGGAGGCAACAGUCUUGUUGAAGCUCCUGGUGAUUCCAAGAAAACAAAUUCUCAACACCUACUGCCGGAGAGGACUAUAACUGACACUCAGAAGGAUUUUGACAUAAAAAAUGAUGCAAAUACCCAACACUGCAGUCCUCCACCAUCUGUUGAUGAAUAUUUGGCUGAUCCUGGGGAUAUUGAUCAAAUCUAUUCAGUCAACCCAGAUGUGGAACAAUCAACUGAUGCAGAUGAAUCGCUAAGUGACAUAAUUCAGUCAAUAACUCAGUCAAAGGAAAUUAUAUUAAAAUUUGAUAGGAAAGAUGGUCCUGGUGAUAAAGCAGUAGAAACUUUGCCUGUGUCAGAGGAAUCUAAUAAGGUUUAUCAAGAAAAGCUUGCAUACGUUGAAGAACCUGAAAAAAUAGAAGGGGAGGAAAAAGAUGUUGAAAGGGCUUCUCAAGAGAACCCAAAGUUAGAGUCCAAUUUAUCUGCAGAUGUUUUUGAGAAACAACAUAGUCACGAUUCACUUCCCCAGUGUGCAGGAAAUGAACUACGUGAUCAUAAUGAUUCUACACCACAGUUGAUGGGUGAUCCUCUGCCGGAUGUUAACGAAAGUGAAGAUUGCAACGGGAUGGUGUCAACCUCACAUGUAGGUGCAGAGCAUGUCUCGCAAGAUGGUUCUGAGGCUAGUCUAAAGCAUCAUGGCAUUCGUAGACGCUGCCUACAAUUUGAGGAAACUGCUUCCAAUGCUCUUGGAAAUAAUAAGUCUCAUAUGGAAAUGAAUGCAACUUCAAGCGAAAUAAAAAUGGUCAAGCUGUCCGAACCUAUCACUUCCUUUUUUCCUCAACGAGGUAAUGGAAACUUUCCUGUAACAAGUCCCAAGCCAUCAGAUUCUUUCAUCUCUGAGUCUUCUAGCUUGAUAGAACCUGCCGCUUUAUAUCCUGCAAGUGCUUAUGAUAACAGGAAACUAAGCCCUCCAGAUGCUGGACCUAAGGAAUUUGACGAACCUAGCCCCAGCAAGAAACAGAAGAAAACAUCAAUCACCACUGAUAAAAAUGGCUGUAAACGGUGCAACUGUAAGAAGAGUAAAUGUUUGAAGCUUUAUUGUGAUUGUUUUGCUGCCGGAUUGUAUUGUACCGAACCUUGUUCUUGCCACGGCUGCUUUAAUAGACACGAACAUGAAGAUAAGGUUGUUGAGACAAAGCUACAAAUUCAAUCCCGUAAUCCAAAUGCUUUUGCUCCCAAGAUUACCGCCGAAACUCCGUCAAAUAAUAUGGAGGAUGAGAAUCUGACAACACCGUCAUCGGCAAGGCACAAAAGAGGUUGCAAUUGCAAAAGGUCAAUGUGUAUGAAAAAAUAUUGUGAAUGUUUUCAGGCUGAAGUUGGAUGUUCCAGUGGAUGUCGAUGUGAGGGAUGUAAGAAUGUCUUUGGCAGAAAAGAAGAUUCUGUUGCCUUGGAGCAUGCUUUUAGAAGAGAAAGGGUGACCAGCAGUGUUGAAAAAGGAUCAGAUAGCACAUUUCACUCUAAACUGGAAAUGGUGGCAAGCAGGACAGAUUUGUUAAAAACAGAGUUGUAUGAUCUACCCGGCCUCUCACCUCUAACGCCAUCGUUACAAUGCUCUGACCAAGGCAAGGAGGCUGGAAAAUCCCGACUUCUUUUAGCAAAUUACUCUCAAUCUUCCGAAAAUUUAAACAGCAGUCUUGCUCUUUUGGAAACAAAUGAGAUGUUAGGAACUGCCUCCUAUGAUUCGCAAGUUGAUUGCAACAAUGUGGACAACAUUUUGGAUCAAUCAUCACCAAAAUGUAAUUCAGUUGUUAACGUACUUCAGCUUAGUCCUCUGUCGAAGCAUGAGUCAACGUCUGGUGGUUCAUCGUUCUCUCCUAAGACAAAUGAGUGGACAAACAUUCCACAAGCCCGACUCUCCCAUGGAUGUAUUCGCCAUUUAUCUGGCGGCUCUCUUCGUUGGCGUGGUUCACCAACUACCCCAAGGUCUACAGUAGAUGAAACACCAUAUUUACAGUGUUUUGAAUCAGAUGGCAGGCUCUCUGGCAUUCUAGAAGAUGAAACUCCUGAUAUAUUGAAGGAAGCUUCAACACCUAUCAAGCCUGUGAAAGCAAAUUCCCCUAACCAAAAGCGAGUUUCUCCUCCCCACAGUCAUCUACGCGGGAUUGGGUCAAGCUUCUCAGGAGGCUUCAAAAGUGGCAGGAAAUUUAUAUUGCAAGCUGUACCUUCUUUCCCACCAUUGACCCCUUGCAUGGAUUCCAAAGACAAUGGCAAUGAGGAUUCGGGUAACAAAGCCAGCAAGUGA